CUAUAUACAUAAUUUUUUAUUCACAAUUAAAAACUGAAAAAAGAGCUUCUACUCUACAAAAGUAUCUGAAACGUUACCAUGCCCAACACUAAUUGCACCGAAAUCUGUACCCUUUUCUCACACAUACAAAAAAUGCACUCUCUGUGUGAAAAUAUCGCAGAGAUUGUGUCCUAUGCUGUAAUCUACUCUAUAUAGGGCUAGGAUUUUUCAUCUCAGUCAUGCGACACCCUAGCUACAGGGUAGGUUUAGGGUUUUUUGGUGAAAAUUUACUUCAAAACUGCUUAAAUUUGCACUAGAUUUGAAUGGGGAACUGCUGUAGAUCUCCGGCUGCUGUUGCCAGAGAAGAUGUGAAGUCAUCUAAUUUUUCAGGGCACGAUCACGCCCGUAAGGUGAAGUCCGGCGCCGGUAAUAAUAAAAAGGUCAUCACGGUAUUGAGUGAUGUUGGGAAGGAAAAUAUUGAAGAGAAGUAUUUAGUUGACAGGGAGCUUGGCCGUGGGGAAUUUGGGGUUACUUAUUUGUGCAUUGACCGGGGUACGAGGGAGCUCUUGGCCUGCAAGUCGAUAUCGAAGAGGAAGCUGCGGACAGCCGUGGAUGUGGAUGAUGUGAGGAGAGAGGUGGCGAUAAUGAAGCAUUUGCCUAAGAAUUCGAGCAUUGUGAGCUUGAAGGAGGCGUGCGAGGACGAGAAUGCUGUGCAUUUGGUGAUGGAGUUGUGUGAAGGCGGGGAACUGUUCGAUAGGAUUGUGGCACGGGGGCAUUACACGGAACGGGCUGCAGCAGCAGUCACCAGGACGAUUGUGGAGGUGGUGCAGCUUUGCCACAAGCAUGGGGUGAUACACAGGGACUUGAAGCCAGAAAAUUUUUUAUUCGCAAGUAAGAAAGAGAACUCGCCCCUCAAAGCAAUUGAUUUCGGCUUGUCAAUCUUCUUCAAGCCAGGUGAGAAGUUCUCUGAAAUUGUGGGAAGCCCUUAUUAUAUGGCUCCAGAGGUGCUCAAACGAAAUUAUGGCCCAGAAAUAGAUAUAUGGAGUGCAGGAGUGAUACUCUAUAUUUUGCUAUGUGGCGUUCCUCCAUUUUGGGCUGAAUCUGAACAAGGUGUUGCCCAGGCCAUUAUACGUGGGAAAAUAGACUUUGAGCGAGAACCCUGGCCUAGUAUUUCAGAGAGUGCCAAAAAUCUUGUACGACAAAUGUUGGAGCCAGAUCCUAAGCUUCGACUGACUGCAAAACAAGUUCUUGAACAUCCUUGGCUCCAAAAUGCAAAGAAGAAUUCAAAUGUUCCUCUGGGGGAUGUUGUCAAGUCGAGACUCAAGCAGUUCUCAUUGAUGAAUAGGUUCAAGAAGAAGGCUCUGAGGGUCAUUGCUGAUUUCUUCUCUAAUGAAGAAGUUGAAGGCAUCAAAGAGAUGUUUACAAAGAUAGACACUGAUAAUGAUGGCGUUGUGUCAACUGAAGAACUAAAGGCUGGAUUGCAGAAGUUCAAUUCACAGAUGGCAGAGUCUGAAAUACAGAUGCUUAUCGAAGCUGUUGACACAAAUGGUAAAGGAACCUUGGAAUAUGGAGAAUUUCUUGCCAUUUCUCUCCAUCUGCAGAGAAUGGCCAAUGAUGAACAUCUUCACAAAGCAUUUUCCUAUUUUGACAAGGAUCAUAAUGGCUACAUUGAGCCUGAUGAGCUUCGAGAUGCCUUGAUGGAAGAUGGUGUAGAUGAUUGUACAUAUGUUGCAAAUGACAUUUUCCAGGAGGUUGACACAGACAAGGAUGGACGUAUUAGCUAUGAUGAAUUCGUGGCCAUGAUGAAAACGGGAACGGAUUGGAGAAAGGCAUCUCGACAUUACUCGAGAGGGAGAUUCAAUAGUUUGAGCAUAAAAUUGGUGAAAGAUGGUUCUAUUAACUUGGGUGAGUAAAUAUACACAAAUGAACCGUUGCAUUCAUCUGUAUAAAGUACGGAGUUGCGCAUGCAUAUCAUGCUUCUUUUCAUUAUUUGCGGGGUUCCUUAUGUCAGAUGGGGUUCCAAUUGGUUGGUGGGCUUAUAAGGAUUUUGGAAGAGGGAAAGUGCAUCUGAUUAGCCUCUUGAAAAUGUUGAUUUAGUAGGACAGUCUUGUAGCCCUCUGUAUGCCACACACGUUCAAUCCUUUUUCUCUCGUCUCGGUCAACAUCUCGAAUUGUUUCUUUUUUGGACUAGUUGAAAUUGGAAAUUUAUUGCUCCAUUAUAUAUUUUUGUGAGGAAGAACUCACCUUAAAGCGCAUUAUCAGAUUGUGAAUGAUAUAUAUUUGUCUUCCUAUUUGUGAUUUCUUCUUUCCCUCUC